AUGCGCCAUCAGUACGAGGAACAUAAUGUUACGAGGAAGAUGACGUUACGAUGCUAUCAACGGUCCAAAUUCCUCUGCCACAAGAUGGAAGAAAUCAACAGCACCGCCGAUGGUGUCACUAACGGUCAUGAGGCACGUAUAGCCUUUGAUACAGUCGAUUUAUUUAAAUUCAAUAUGUUUGCGAGAAGAGACCACGUUAAGUUGAGGAACUUUGUGUCAGCAUCCACAAGCAUCGCACGCCUCGACGUGUUGGCGGUAAUGUCGUCAAACGCUUCGGCCAGGGUCUCUUUUUGUAUACGAGACAAACUGGAAGGGAUCAACGUUAACGUCUUUGCGAUACCGAUGAAUCAAGCGGGAUUCCGUACCACCUUGAUCGAUGACGGAGCAAAAAUUCCAAAGCGGCCGCAUCCGACUUUCAAAAUUGACUGCUCCCACCAGCACAAGGUGGUAAAUUGGCAUCAGCCAUUGGUGCCGCUACGUAGAACUACUUACGGUAACGCUGGAAUACUGGGGAUGAUUCAAUUCAACUUUACCAAAUCUGGGUUAAGGUUUGUACUUCCUCCUGUAGUCGCGGAUGAUGUGAAUGCCUUUUCCCGUCAUGUCUAUCGUGAUACAGCCUUAGGUACGAGCUCAAGUACAUCUGUUUCAUCGGUAUCCCAUCUGCAGGAAUUGGAAAAAGGCGCCAACGGUACCGUCGAUGAUGAAAAGUUAUUUCACCUCAUCUCCAAACGACAUCAUGAAAUCAGACCUUCGAGUAAAUGGGGGACGAUAUCUGCGAUCACAGAGGACCGAGGGAAUUGGUAA